AUGGAGGUGCCUGCAGUCAAUGACGACGUGCGGGGAGAGCAAGAAGCAGAUGCGGGAGAGAGCGAGGCAGAUGGGGCACCUACUGGCGCACCGCUCUCCGGGCUGAUACAAGCCGUGGGGACGAGCGCCGAGACGGAGCGAUCUGGCGCCGAUGGCGCGACUCAAGGCGCAGAGAGGGCUCAAAAGGCGCAGGAACUCGCAGCCCAACAGAUUGAGCCGGGGCAAGAAGAAGCAUGCUUGAGCGCUGAAACCUCUGGAAUGCCAGGAGUUUCCGCUCCACAAGCAGACGACGAGGCGGAGUACGACUCGGAUGAAGAGGAGCCGUGUUUGAAGUAUUCCAGGAUGAAGAAUGGAUACAGCGAGACGCUGCGGAAAGAUUCUGCAAGCUCUUUGGCCGCUUCAGAUCGCCUCGUGGUGAGUGUGGCAGGGGAAGAAUGGGAGGUGUGGAUGGAGCUGAUGCGCGCAUGUAUACGCAACUUCUGCGCUCGAUGGUCUUGUCAGGUGCUCGGCACACACGCAGGCUACACCCACAUCAUGGACGAGCAAGGCAAUCGCAUCAAGACUUUUCGUUCUCAUUCUGCAAGCGUUCUGGACACUCAGAUCGACGAGUCUAGCGAGUUCGUCGCCAGUGCAGGUAUGGACGGCAUCGUAUGUAUACGGUCACUCUCUUCGCCAGAGCUCUACACAUUCGACUUCAAAAGGCCCAUGCGAACACUCGCCUUGGAACCAGACUUUGGCAGACGCAGCUCCAGAGCAGUGGUGUGCGGAGGUCUAGCAGGCAAUUUGAUCUUGAAGGAAAAGAGCUGGUUUGGCCACAAGGACACCAUUCUGCAUUCUGGCGAAGGGCCUAUCUGGAAAGUGAGGUGGCGCGGCUCCUUGAUCGCCUGGGCUAAUGACAAGGUGAGUGACAAUGAUAGCGGAUGCCUUGCUCCAUUCAUCCUCUUGCUGACAGUGUACGCGCAUGUCUCGUGUUGCGCAGGGCGUGCGCUUGUAUGACUGCUCACUCCGUCAACGGAUAUCUUUUAUCGCGCCGCCAACGGCGAGCCCAAGAGGGGAUCUCUUUCCUUGCUCACUGUUCUGGCAGGACGCUUCUACUCUUCUCGUAGCUUGGGCCGACCAGAUCAAGAUUGCCAAGGUUCGAAGGCGUCAAGGCCAAGCCUCUUCGACAGGCAAGGCUGAAGAGAGCGUCUCUUCAGCCGCGCUCAAACAGCUGGCCUCGACAUCUAGCGGCCCUGCUACCAGCGUCGAGAUCACUGCCAUUCUGCAACUCGAUUGUCUCAUUAGCAGCAUCGCGCCGCACGGAUCAGACUUUCUCGUGCUUGCGUAUCUGUCCGAGGAUCCGUCAGAAGAUGGAGCAGAGCUUGAGGCAAACGAGGACACGGAGUCUCGAUUACGACGUGCCCAGCGACGUAGAGCGGGCAUGAAACCAGAGCUCAGGAUGAUCACGGCCUCUGGCGAGGAGCUGAGCAGCGAUGUGCUGAGCCUGCAAAACGUCUCUCGAUUUGGCUGCCUCGACUAUCUUCUAAUUCCAUCUGCCGACGCAAUCCUUGCGGGAGAGAAUGCUAUCCAACAGAGAGGAGCUGCUUCAGAGCUUGAGGCCGAAGGCAUCUACUACUAUGUCUUGAGCCCAAAGGACGUCAUUUUGGCGCGUAAUCGAGACGAAAGGGAUGCCGUGGAGUGGCUGCUGGAAAGAAAGCGCUAUCGCGAAGCCCUGGCGCGACUAGACGACAUGAGUCGAGAGGGCGCCGCGGCAGCAGGAUUUGAUCGGAGACAGAUAGGACAUCGCUAUCUUUAUUGGCUGGUGGAUGUCAAGAACGACUACGCUACAGCUGCUCAGCUAGCCGCUUCCUUCCUUGGAGAUACGGACAGUGAAGCCGAUGUCAAGGAGUGGGAGGAUUUUGUCUUCCUGUUUGUGGACCGCAGCAAGUUGUCGACGAUCAUUCCGCAUGUGCCUCUCGAGAAGCCUCAACUAAGCGCGCUUGUCUAUGAUGUCAUCUUGGCCCAUUUUCUCAGAACGGACGUGGAGAGGCUGCUUGUUAUGAUCAGUGCCUGGCCUGCCCACAUCUAUACCUACACCGCAGUCGUGAUGGCUAUCGAGGAUCGGCUGAAGCGCGCAAUAGCGGGCAAUGCGGACCAAACCAAGGGCGACCACGCUACUCUCAUGGAAUGCUUGGUGCAAUUAUUCUUGCUGCAUCGCCAACCGGCCCGCGCAUUGCCUUACUUCUUGCGAUUGCGCAAGCCUGGCGUCUUUGCCCUUAUUCGAGACAAUAAUCUUUUCACGGCAGUGCAAGACCAAGCUCUUUUGCUUGUGCAAUUUGACCAACAACUAGUCGACGCUGAGCAGGAAUCCGAGAAGCUACCCUCAGGUCAGGAUUCGAAGCUGCUCUCAAAGCUCCAACAUCACGCCUCGCUCAAACAGGAAGCGUCUGCCGUGGCCUCUGACACGCCGUCAAGCACUUCCUCCUCGCGCCACGGCGCCGCGAUCAGCCUUCUCGUCGAUCACACACACUCCAUCCCCGUACACCGCGUCAGCACUCAGCUUCGGGCAGAACCUCGAUACCUCUACAUGUAUCUCGAUGCGCUGUUCGAUCAAGAUCCACAAAUGGUCGUAGAGUAUUCUGACGAGCUCGUCUCGCUCUACGCCGAGUAUGAUGCCGACAAACUCAUGCCCUUCCUACGGGCAAUGAGCAGCUACUACUCCUUCGAAAAGUCUUACGAUGUCUGCUCGAGGCACGAUUACGUGCCCGAGAUGGUCUUUCUACUGGGUCGCGUAGGAGACAACAAGAAGGCUCUAGAGUUGAUCAUUUCGCGUCUGGGGGACGUGGAGCGAGCCAUCGAGUUUGCCAAGGAGCAGAACGACGACGAGUUGUGGGAGGAUGUGUUGGAGUACAGCGAGACCAGACCAGAUUUCAUCAGAGGCUUGUUGGAGAAUGUUGGUGCGGAGAUCGACCCCAUUCGACUUAUCAGAAGGAUCAAGAACGGGCUAGAGAUUCCGGGCCUGAAACCUGCUCUGAUCAAGAUCUUGUCGGACUUUAACCUGCAAGUGUCUCUGCUGGAGGGAUCUGCUGCAGUCCUUGAACGAGACAGGCAGGCGUUCGCGCAAGAGCUUCACGCAGGUCAGACACAACCGCGCUUUUUCGAGGGCACCAUGUCGGCCUGCGCUGCUUGUGGCAAGCAAUUGUUGAGGGUUCCCGAGGAGCCAACGGAACGGAGCGGCGCCUUACCCGUCAUCCUAUUCUUGUGUCGCCACGCCCACCAUCUCCAAUGUCUCGCCGCGGAAGACCGGCUGCCACAAAGGAGAAGCUCAGCAAAGGAGCAGACUGACCUUCCUCGCAUCUCGGCGACACAAGCCUUUUUGAAGACGUCCGUCACCAAUCUGAACUCCACCUCUGGCAAAGCAGCGAUGAAACGUGCGGAGCGCGGCGACGGUGGAAUGCUAGAGCAGGUGGAGAAGCGUUCGCAGGGCGUCAGAUCCUACGCUGCUAAGCUCCGCGUUGUCCUCCGAGACGGCUGCCCGAUCUGCCAUGCCGAAGCACAAAGGUAUAUUUUUUCAUCUUGA